AUGUAGCUAGAUCAGGAAACUCUAAAUCUAUUAUUCAAAGAAUUAUUUAAUUUAGAUUAGUUACCAAAUAAAGAUAGUGAAGAGUUAACAGUGCAAUACGAAUAUUAUGAUAAUACUGAGAGAAAAUUUCUAAAAUUAUUCCAAAAUAAAUAAUUAAAUAAUGAAAACGAAGUUAAGUAUACUCUAUCAUUAAAUUAUAGAUUAUUGCAUCGAUUUAUUGCCAGACUUGCUGAAGCAUAUCAGGUUUUGUUAGCUAAAAAAUCUAUAUUUAGAUCAAAAGCAUCAACAUUUCAACCAACCAUUUAUAAUUGUUUGUCUAAUAUGUAUGAUGGAAAAUAAGGGGUAUUUAUUUAAAUCAUUCAAUCCAUAUUUACGGAAUGUAAAUUGUAAUUAGAAAUUGCCAAUAGAAAGUUAACCAAUAAUGAUAUAGUUAAGCGAGUGAGUAUUAUGUUUUAUCAUUAUAAAGAUUCAUAGUUAAGAUUAAGAUUCCCAGAACAAUGAAUCUUAAUAAUAAUAAUAAUAAUUAUCAAUUACUUAAUUAUUAUUCUAAAGAAAAAGCACUUAACCUGAAUGGUAAAUCAAUAUUAACAAAAAUAAAAAUUUAAGCUAAUAUUAUAAAAAAACUCAUUUAAAGCUUUAUGAUUUACUUUCAAUAGACAAGUAAAUUAUUUAUAUUAUAAUUAGAAUAUAGGAUGAAUAAAUUCUCUAUUUUCAAAGCAGAGAAUAAAAUAUGGAUAAAUUAUAUUAAUAAUUGAUGUAAUAGAAUACUCAUAUAAAGAAAUCUUUGAAUUGGGCUGUUGAUUUAGACAUGAAUGAAUUUGAAAAACAUAUUUAAUUAAUGCAAAUCAAGUAAAACUCAACUUUUAUUCCAAAUAUUUAAAUUACACCUAUCACUAUUAUCAAAACUGAUUAAAUUGAUGGCCAGAAAACUGUAAGUUCAUUUUUUUCUUAGAAUGAACAAUAUAAAAUUAGAAGUUUCUCAUAAAAUUCUAAAAUGAAGGAUCUUUAUUCAUUUAGUGAAAAGAUCAAUAUUUUUCAUCCAAAUUACUAAGAUGCCAUUAAAUAUAAGAUUUCAUAAUCACAUUUAGAUAAUUAAUAAUAAUAAAAAAGAUAAUUAGUAUAGUAAUAAAUAAUAAAAUAAUCUCCUGCAGUAAAUAUGUUAACAAGAAAAAUGAUAUUUGAGUAAUAAUCUCAAAAUUCAAAAAAAAAAAAUAAGUCAUUUAGAUUUAAAAAUUGA